AUGUUAAUGAGGUUAGAGUGGCGUCACCAAAGUAGCACGGCAGAGCCCAAAUCCUCGGGUACAACGGUCGGGGCUACAAGUGACACUUCCCGAAUACCCUGGGACCGGACCGAUGUCCGUUUCUCUGUGUACUACAAUCUGCAAGACGAUAAAAACAGACGGUUCACCGAGGCAAAGGCGGAUGAUGGACUCAAGGGCUUACUAUAUCGAACUUACAACGAUCCUGAGGUUUUGCAAGACAGGAAUGUGGGCGCGACGAGCAUGAGAGCAUUAAACAAGCCCGUUGUGCAUAACCUUGGGGAUGAUGGGCUCUCGGAUAACCAAAUCGCAGUUAUUGCCAUUGAUUCGCUCGUCACUAGUAAGGUAGGAAAUUGGGCGCGCAAGGACAUGCGGUUGGGGACUCCAAUGACCGCACUUUGUAAGGUCAAAAUCCCACCUCAGAACUCGAAACGAAUGAUGGGGCGUCUUGAACUCCGUGACAUGCAGUAG